ACCUAGGAAGCCGAAGCACAUGCUGAAGUAUUUUUAGUUUUUUUUAUGUCUAGAGAUCACACACACCCCAAUGUAGAGAUAGAGAGCAGAGCAGUUGAAGCAAAGCAGAGAAGCACAAAGAUCAAGGUUCUUUUUGAGAAUGAGGUUGUCGUUGAGACAGUGUUUUGCGAGUGUACUCGUGCUUACACAGCUUGUACAUGGAGCUCUAUGUUGGGGGAAGGAUGGUCAUUACACCGUCUGCAAAAUAGCCGAGGGAUACUUUGAGGAAGAAACUAUAGCUGCAGUGAAGAAACUUCUCCCUGAAUCGUCUCAAGGAGGAGGAGAUCUAGCAUCUUUUUGCUCAUGGCCUGAUGAAAUUAAACACUUCUCACAGUGGCAAUGGACUAGCGCUAUGCACUAUGUUAACACACCUGAAUACAGAUGCAACUACCGAUACUGUCGGGACUGCCACGACAGUCAUAUGCAAAAGGACUGGUGUGUUACAGGAGCAAUCUUCAAUUACACAAGGCAACUUAUGUCUGCUUCUACAAACUCACAGACUUUAGUCCAGUAUAACUUGACAGAGGCUCUCAUGUUCUUAUCACAUUAUAUGGGAGAUGUCCAUCAGCCCUUGCAUACUGGUUUUGGUGGAGAUCUAGGUGGUAACACAAUAAUAGUCCACUGGUACAAUCGCAAAACAAAUUUACACAAUGUAUGGGAUAACAUGAUUAUUGAAUCUGCUCUCAAAACAUAUUACAAUUCAAGUCUUCCAGUCAUGAUUCAAGCCCUUCAAGCCAAACUCACGAACGGCUGGUCUAAUAAUGUUCCGUCGUGGGAGUCAUGUAAACUUCACCAAACAGCAUGUCCAAAUCAGUAUGCAUCUGAAAGCAUACAUCUUGCAUGCAAGUAUGCUUAUAGGAAUGCCACCCCAGGAACUACUUUAGGAGAUGAGUAUUUCCUCUCUCGGUUACCCAUUGUAGAGAAGAGACUUGCACAAGGUGGGAUUCGCUUGGCGGCAAUUCUUAACCGCAUCUUUUCUGCAAAUACAAAGCUGGCCGGUGCAUGAAGCUAAGAAAAAAAGUUUCAUGGAGAACCACAAGUUAUCAUUGUGUCUCCUCCCUCCCAACUUACAAACACUGUUUUUCCAACUUUCAAGCGCUAGGCCAAGUUUACAGAGAUGCAAUCUUUUUGAGACUCUAAGCAUGAAACCAAAAUGUUUGGCCUAGUGGUAGUAGUACAAGAGGGUUGAUUGUUUAUGCCCCGAGUACAAACUACAAACCACCUUUGGUAUGGAUAAUUAUUCAUUAAAUUGGAAUAUUUCAACGUCAACUUCGGAGCUAGGAGAAAUUAUGAACCUAAAUCACGAAACUUCCACUCAGUGCCGUGCGAAGCGAAGACAAUUUUAAAAUCAG